CGGCCUGGUUAAAAGGCUAGUUACUUUACCGUCGGUCUUCCCGGCUGGCUACAUAUGAAGAGCACUGAGCCCUCUGGAAAUUGUAUUGAAACCCUUUUUACCGCGAAAUCAUUUCCCACAAAUUCUGCUUGCCGUAGCCUCCACAGCCCAUUACCACCAUAUUGCGUCGCCGGUCUUUUGCCUCCUCGCGUCACCGCCUUCCGUCGCCGACUCCUUGCCUUUUGUCGCCCUCUUCCAUCUCAGUAUGAUUCAGAGAUUGUUGCAAUGAUUAAAGAACUGUUGGAAACUCGUAUCCGACCUGCAGUACAAGAUGACGGUGGAGAUAUUGAGUACCGGGGAUUUGAUCCAGAUACAGGAAUAGUCAAACUUAGAAUGCAAGGAGCAUGCAGCGGCUGCCCUAGCUCAUCUGUUACUCUGAAAUCUGGCAUUGAGAACAUGCUGAUGCAUUAUGUGCCUGAGGUUAAAGCGGUGGAGCAGGAACUUGAUGAUGAAGAUGAAGCAGCAACAUUACCUGGUUAGAUCGAGUAAUUGAAUAUUUUCUCUUGUUUUAUGAGCUACUUCCAGAUAUAAUGAGCUUGAUGACUACGAGUAAGUGACCCUUCUUCAGAAAAGCGAGCGGAGUGUAUUAAUCAGCGUACUGUGUUCUGUCAAAAAAUAAGCGGCUUCCUGUAUUUAUUUUGGCAAAUUUUACCAAAUCAUUGAGUAUAUGCUAAUUGCAAGUUUAUUUCAUGUGGGUAUUUCUUGUGACUUUGACUUGAUUAUUUAUUUAUGGGGCAUAAUCUCUCUUUACUAA